AUGUCGAAGAAUCAAGACGUCGAGUAUAUGCCGAGGGAGACAUGGAGAAUUCUCAAAAAUGUCGUCGUGAUUAGCAUAGCAUUUAUGGUGCACUUCACAGCAUAUAGUGGUGCUGCGAACCUUCAAAGUUCCAUCAAUGCGGAAGAAGGCCUCGGCACCGCAUCGUUGGCGGCGGUGUACGCGGGUCUUAUAUUCUCCAAUAUAUUUUUGCCUGUGGUUGUCAUCAAAUGGCUCGGCACGAAAUGGGCGAUGUCUCUGUCCUUCAUCACAUACAUGCCGUACAUCGCGGCCCAGCUCUAUCCACGUUUCUACACGAUGAUACCGGCUGGACUUAUCGUGGGCCUAGGCGGGGGACCGCUGUGGUGCGCCAAGUGCACGUAUCUUUCUGUGGUAUCAGAGGCGCAUAGCAAGAUAUCAAAUAUAUCACCUGAAGCGUUGUUGGUGCGUUUCCUCGGCUUAUUCUUCAUGAUUUUUCAAAUGAAUCAAGUUUGGGGAAAUCUUAUAUCAUCUCUAGUGAUAUCAUCAGGCGAUAAUUUAGCAGCAGUGACAGCAGUUAAUGCGAGUAUGAUUCCUAAGCUGUGUGGAAGAAAUUUUCUGCCGAGUACCGACGCUGGCGAGGCUUUGCAGCACCAACCGCCUGAGAAGAUUCAGAUGAUCGUUGGUAUUUAUUUAGCGUGUAUGGCUGGUGCAGCUCUCAUUGUAGCUGUUGGAGUCGAUUCCAUGAACAGAUAUAAGACAAGCCGCAGCGAGUCCGGCUCGGGGCUGACGGGGUUCGCGCUGCUGGUGGUGACGCUCAAGCUGCUCGUGGAGCCCGACCAGCUCAUGUUGGUCAUCCUCAACGUCUUCGUCGGCAUUCAGCAAGCGUUCUUCGGCGCUGAUUUUACUGCGGCGUUUGUAUCUUGCUCGAUAGGUACUGGAACAGUGGGUUUUGUCAUGAUGACGUAUGGACUCUCAGAUGCCAUUGGGUGCGUCGUAACUGGAUAUUUAUCGAAAGUGACAGGUCGUCUGCCUUUAAUAUGCGUAGCGCUGGUCGCACACAGCUGCUUGUUCGUGUCGCUGCUGACGUGGAGUCCGCAAGCGAACCAGUCAUACGUGGUCUACAUCAUAGCUGUCAUCUGGGGCCUUUGUGAUUCUAUAUGGCUGGUUCAAAUUAAUGCAUACUAUGGUAUCCUGUUUCCGGGUCGCGAAGAAGCGGCAUUUUCAAAUUUUAGACUUUGGGAAUCAGUCGGUUAUAUCAUAGCUUACAUUAUAUCUCCCUACUUCAGGACUAGUACGAAGACGUACGUAUUGCUAGUCAGUAUGAUCGUUGGUGUUUCGUUGUACUUGGUCGUCGAGUACAGGGAUAGAAAGGCAAAGAAGUUGGAAGAAAAACCGGUGGAACCUAUGAAGUAUGUUACAGGGCUUGACAAUAUCGCGUAUCAAAAGGGAGAGUGAUUGAUAUAUUUACUACAAAACGACCUACUAGGAUGUCCCAGAGCCCAUGUAGAUGUAAUAUUGGUUACUUCACACAUUGCUAUUUGUUGCCAGCUCUAAGACCUGAAUGUAUAUCUGUAAAUUGACAUUUAAAGAAUUUUAUCGUAU